GUGAAGAAUGUGAGAAAGAUUCUGUCACGUUUUAAGAACAAAUGCACCUUAUAGCUCAUGGAAGAAAAAGCACAAAUCAAGACGUUUUUGGGUUCCAGGCUGCCAAAAUAUGGAACAAAAUCUGUGAGAAGUACGCUGCAGCCAAUGCCAAAUGGGGCCACUGUGACUUUAUUAGGAAAUUCCAAGAACAGUAAUGUCAAAAGUUACAUCAAAAAUAAUGGCUCUGAUUGUUCAUUGUCCCAUUCAUUUAAUUGGAGACAAGCAAAUAAAUACCAACUUGGUUCACAAAAUACAGCAGAACUUAAUAGUAUUCAGAGUGCACAUGGUAAACUAACUGAUCCUGAGCAACAUGCUCCUGCUCCAGGAACGCUGGAUGGGAAUGGGAUAAAGGGAGGGUUGAAAAGUGCUUCUUUGUUCACAUCCAAGUUAGCAAGACCAUCCACCAUGUUUUUGUCAUCUACAGAAGAGUUAAAUCAAAAAUCUUUUUCUGGACCAUCUAACUUGGGUAAAUUCACCAAAGGCACAUUACUAGGAAGGACUUCAUAUUCUUCGGUCAAUGCGAAGUCACAUUUGAAUACGUUUUAUAGGAACCAAUCACCUGGUAACAUGCAGAAGCCAAGAGUGAACUCCUGUGCCACCAGAAGCAGUUCUGGUGAAAGUUUAGCACAGUCCCCAGACAACACUAAAUCUAUUACUUGUGAAAAAAUGGUAAGGUCACAAAGUUUUUCACAUUCCAUUCAGAAUUCAUUCCUCCCGCCUUCAUCUAUAACCAGAUCACAUUCCUUCAACAGAGCUGUAGACCUUACAAAGCCUUAUCAGAACCAACAGCUACCCGUUCGAGUGCCUCUCCGGUCAGGUAUGCUAACAAGAAAUUCUCGGCAGUCAGAAGUACUCAAUGGGAAUGAGCACUUGGGGUUUGGUUUUAAUAGGCCUUAUGCUGCUGGUGGAAAAAAAUUGGCCUUAUCCAAUGGCCCAGGUGUGUCUUCCACGUUGGGUUAUAGGAUGGUUCAUCCCUCUCUACUGAAAUCUGGCCGACCUCCAUUUCCUGGGACUAUGACAGUUGAUAGUAAUAAAAAUUCACCUGCUGACAUGUGUGUAGAAGAAGAAGCUGUAGUUUUGGCAAAGGAUGACUCUACUGGUAAGGACCAAGAACUAGUUGAAAAUGAAAGUUAUCGAACAGACAAUGAUCAGACCAUGAAGCAUGAGUCUAAAAUUAGGUAUCUGAGUGAUGAUGUGGACGAUAUUUCCUUGUCAUCUUUGUCAUCUUCUGAUAAGAAUGAUUUAAGUGAAGAUUUCAGCGAUGACUUUAUAGACUUAGAGGACUCCAACAGAACUAGAAUAACUCCAGAGGAAAUUACUCUCAAAGAAGAAAAGUGUGAAAACAGAUCAUCAAAGGAUAUAUUUGACUCUCCUAAGGAAAAUGGACAGAUCUUCAGCAAAGCUGAUGAGUGGAUCGAUAUAAGUGUCUCUGACAGGAGUGAAUGUACAAAGCAUACCUCUGGAAAUAACUUGAUUUCACCAGAUACGGAUUACAGAGCUGGGUCUUCAUUUGAACUCUCUCCAUCUGAUAGCUCUGAUGGAACGUACAUGUGGGAUGAAGAGGGCCUGGAACCCAUUGGAACUGUCCAUCCUGUUGGCAGCUAUGACUCCUCUGAAAUGAACAGCAUAGAUAUUCUGAAUAAUCUUGAAUCAUGUGACCUUGAGGAUGAUGAUCUUAUGCUGGAUGUGGAUUUGCCGGAGGAUGCACCUCUUGAAAAUGUGGAGUGUGACAAUAUGAACCGCUUUGACCGAGCAGACAGAAAUGUACGACAGUCACAGGACGGAUUUUGGAAAAGAGCACCCCAGAGGUGGAGUGGACAGGAGCAUUACCACCUUAGCCACCCUGAUCACUAUCAUCACCAUGGGAAAAGUGACUUGAGCAGAGGCUCUCCUUAUAGAGAAACACCUUUGGGUCAUUUUGAAAGCUAUGGAGGGACCCCCUUUUUCCAGGCUCAGAAGAUGUUUGUAGAUGUGCCAGACAACACAGUGAUACUGGAUGAGAUGACCCUCCGGCACAUGGUCCAGGACUGCACAGCUGUAAAAACGCAGUUACUCAAACUCAAACGUCUGUUGCAUCAGCAUGAUGGAAGUGGAUCUUUGAAUGAUGUUGAGCUAUCAUUGCCAUCCAGUCCAGAGCCAGAAGAUGAUGACCAGAUAUAUAAGAAUGAAGAUUUAUUAAAUGAAAUAAAACAACUUAAAGAGGAAAUAAAGAAAAAAGAUGAGAAAAUCCAACUAUUAGAGCAUCGGCUUGCAACCCGGUGUAACUGCCACCAGAAAUCUAAAGAGGAAAAGUGUACAUAUGCUGAUAAAUACACCCAGACACCCUGGAGAAGAAUCCCUGGUGGGUAUUCUGCUCCCUCCUUCUCUCCUUGGCAGGGCUCCUUCCAGGGGAUGCCACGGACUGUUCCACCGCAUCGCAGACAGAGUCAAACCUCUUUCUGCAUCUCCAGAUUAGGAAAAAAACCUCAAGUACUACAGCCUUCCAGCAGCCUUCCCAGACCUACAGACCACGCCCAGGGAAAACUAAUAAAGCCACAACAUAUAGAGGCCCACAGUGAAAACACAGUCCAAGGCAUGUGUCAGAGUGAUGCACACCCAGAUGGAAGCUUUACACAUGGCUUGCAACAAGAAAAUAGCUAUGGUUUGAAAGACUGUCCUUUUUCAUCAAGCCCACAGUUCCCAAUGGAUGUGGUGAAGGACGUACCUUCAGAAACAAACCUGAGCAUGACUAUGAAUGCUCAAGAGCCUCAUCAUUUGGCAAAGAAUCAACCUAGUGACAUGGAGUUUGUAACUACUCCUCCUCAGACACCUUCCAAGUCAAGUACAGUGAACCAGACUAAGAAGGUUAGAAGAAGCCAGUCUCCUCAGCCCAAGUCCUUGCAGCCUUCAAAGCCAUCCAUCUUGAGUUCUGUGGCACAUCCCCCAGAUUCUGAUUCAUCACCAAGUAGGACUUCCACAUCUAAGAAGGCACCAGUAAUCACACCAUGUAAUUCAAAACAUCAGCCAACGUCUAAUCAAAACAAUCUUGCAAAUAAUUUGAAUCUGAAAGUAUCUAAACUCCGUCCCCCUUCUGGCUCUUUCAAACAAAAACAAAUAAGCAAUCCCCAACCAGAGCCUCAAAAUUUCCAAGCCAAGACAAGCAUCCCAAGGCCAUUAGCACGAUCAAAAGAACUGCAGAAUUCACUUAGCAAUUUGCAUUCUGGGGAUUAUGUGGCCUCUAAUCGAUAUUCUCGUCUUCCUAAACCAAAGAUAAAUUAAGUGCAUAGCCAUCACCUGCCACUUUGUCUUUUGAAAACAAUCUGCUCUGUAAUAGCUUUAUGUGCAGUUUAUUACUAUAUUGGAGGUUCCAUUACAGCAAAUCUUAAAAUUAAAACACAAAAGCUUCUACUAGUUUGGCUCUUCCAUUUUCUAUCAUAGUUGAACUAUAUACCAUUUGCACAUUCUUGUCUCAGGUAAACACAAGUUUACUUAUCCAUCUCAGAGGCCCAAGUCAUACUAUUCAGCCCUCUCUCUGCACACCAGAAAAGUCAAAGUAUUCCAUUUAUCAGGCAACAUACGUACUUUGCUAAUUUAGUCCUGUUGUGGUCCAUAACUGUGGUUAUCAAAACCCCACCCCUCUGCUUAUUCCUACUGUGAAUAUGGUUGCUAUUUUAACUAAAGAUUCAUAGUGAUGAUGGAAGAUGAUUGCCCAUAAGCAGGGUUCUGGCUAGUGUUCUGUAUAUUUAUGAGGUCUAUGCAAAAUCUCCACAAUGAUUAAAGACCAGGCUUUCAGUGGGGGAGUCCUUAUAGGUUUUAUCUCUCUAGGAUCAAUAAUAUAGUUCUACUGUUUCUCCAUUUAUCAGAUAAAUUCCCCAGGCUAACAGUUUUCAUUACCAAAAGUAUGUUGUUACUACACCUUGUUUCAUGCACACAUGUACUCUUUGCUUAUAUUGCUAUUAGGUAAAUUUGGAGAGCUUGGGAUGCCUAAGGAUAUAUUAGUUGUAACCUCUGUUGGUGCUAGAGUUUUGCUGAUAAUUUAAACCCUAUUAACUUAUGGAUCCAUCAUAUUACUUUAGGUUUCCACAACAUGCAUUGAAAAUUUAAAAUUAAGUCUUUAUUAUGAUGUUUGUAUUUAUUUGGAAUAUCUGUAGACUGGAAUAAUGGACUUGAAAUAUUUGCACAAAAUUUUGAUGCAAUAUAAGAAAUUUAGAGCUUAUUUUCUAUAAAAGUGAGUUAAAAAAACACUUUAAGAAAAUAUAAAUUUAAGACUAUUAUAAUAAGUCGCUUUUCUGGGUUUCCUGAGUUUCCCUUUUCUACUUUGAAUGACUGUUUCUUGAAAAGUAGAUUUGGGGAAAAAUGAAAUCGUAGGUAGGAAACUACUUUCAUAAGAGAUGCUGCAGAUGGUAGCUGGGAGGCCUCCAGGUACAGGAACCCAACCAUGCGGCAGACCAUUUCUCAAGCAGUUAAGUAAAUUUGCCUUAUGUUUACCCAAAUCAUGCCAUCUUUAGGCUGGCCAUCUAGUUCAUUUCAUUCAAAUUAAGAUUUUUCAGACAAAUAAUCUUACAGGAUCAGUAUCUGGUUAGCUGACCAUAAAAGAAAAGUAUCAAAAGGAAUUAUGGCCAAAACAGUUAAACUGCUAGGGCUUCCUUUUUAAAUGUAAGAAGGUUACAAAGAGACGCAUGGUAUCAAAUGCAUUAGUGGAAAGCUUCAAAGUCACAUUUGCUGGCAUUUAGGGGCAGUCUUCCCUUUCAUGUCACAACCCCUCAAGUGAAUUUGCUAUUUGGAGAUGCUGGCCUUUCUCGGGUUUGGGAAUGGGUGAGCAUAGUCUCACAUCAUAGCACUUUAGUCAGAGAACAGAAGCUCAGGACAUCCUGAACAUAGGCCAGAUGCUAUUGCAUCACCGCGCUGUGGGCAAAAGCACCUCUUCGUUCAUGAAAGUGAGCCAGGUUGGCUGCAGCUGUGAGCACAUGUGCUUUCCCCCAUGGAGAAUGAAAACUAAGCUCAUGCAUUGCCUAUUGGCUACAAUCAUACCCUAGUCCCUUCGAUAGAGCAUACUAAUGUAUGGUUUUUUUUUUAAUUAGAUAUUUGUAUAGACUUUUGUGAAAUACUUUUGCAAGUUGGC